UGGCGGUAUAUGUCAGCAACAUUCUACCGAUGUGAAACUUUAGAUAUGAUUUUAUUUAUUUUCGGCUGGCGUGAAGACCAAAGAUAAGACACCUCAUAGUUAAUAGUGAAGAUGUUGUCUGGCGGCUAUUCUAAAAAUUACCAGACUAUGGAAAAGUCUCAGGUACAGACGCUCAAGGACCUUGCUGAAAUUGACCAGUCCGACUCCAUUGCAAGGGCUCGCAGAUUGUCUCAAGAAACCAACAAGAGGCGCAAACAACAAAUCCUAAAGAGGAAAAUGGAAGUUAGACGAGAAGAGAAACGGAGAAAUGAUAUUUUAGCUAAACGUAGAGAUGAACAAAGAAAAGCCACAGAAAAGUUUCAGCGAGCAAACAUACCAACAAGUCGACCCGGUAGCAGAAAAAAUUCCCCACAGAGGGCCAACAUCGACGAAGCUCUGAGACUAAUCCGCGGAACCACCAGCCUCUACUCCAGACAGACCAGUUCUUCUGGUAAGACGGGUCGGACCAGUCCAAGAGCAUUUAGCUCAAACAACUACCACCAUGAAGCAGCUAAUCGGAUCUUCUCCGAUGGCGACCAUUACAGACCCAGGUCUGCCAAAGACCAUGUGAACAACCUGGCGAACGAGCAUGCGCUGAUGAUGAACCGGAGUUUUCGGAACAUGACCACCAGUCGCAAUCUGUUCGAGACUCAGCUAGAGCACCACCAACAGCUGCUUGUGGAGGAUCAAAAGAAGGCACUUCACCAGUUCAAUGAGGCCAUCAUGAACGAAAUAGAGGGAGACCAGAGAGUUCAGGGUUUCAUGGACAUUGAUGCAGAGAUUGCUCACAGCGACAGCUUGUCAAGCCUCGACAGUUUGGAUGAUCAGGAUUACAGGGAAAAACCAGCGGAUGUCCAUCAUGGAAGUCCGUCCUGUGAUGCUGUUGCAUCUGAUGAUUUGGAACAGCCAUCUCAUUCUGCUCCAGUGUUCACAGUUGCUCCCACUAGUUUAAGUUAUAUGGGUGGUGGUGAAGAAAAUAAGCCACUGUUUGUCAUGACAGACAAACCAAAUCGAGCGGCGGGACAACAGCAGGAUCCUAGAGUUCAGUCACAGUCUCGGAAAUUAGAAGAAGUAAUGCAGUAUCGAAACUGUGGUGAUAUCGAAAGUCCGUCCAGUUUAAAUAGCAGUUCAAGUUUUCUGUCCAAUCUUUUGAACUCUGAGGCAGCUUUAAGUAAUGGUCUCGCCCAUCCAAAUAGUUCACAGAAGUCUCAGCAAUCCUAUGUACCUGGAGGAAAUGUUAACUCUCAGUCAUCAACUCAGUCUGGAGGUAACUUUAGGCCACAGACAUCAUCCCAGUCUGCAGGUAAUGUUAGGCCUCAGUCAUCAAUACAGCCUGGGGGCCGUGUUAUUCCUCAAAUGUCGACAACAACUCCAAGUAGUUUACAGCAUACCGCACAUUAUGUCUCAAAUGGGUUGGAUGCAGUUUCUCAGGGAACUGUUAACACAGUUCCCUCAGGUGCAGUCACCCAGGAUAGAAUACCAGGACAAUUUGUCCUGGCUCAAAACCAUAGUCCACUUGUUUCUGAUCAGUUUGGAAAAAUGAACAAAUUAUUUUCUGACACUCCGGUCUCGACAACAUCUCAUUAUUCCAGUAUUUUAGCAGCCCACAAUUCUCCAUCAACCUCCACCACUACGUAUCUAAUCGGUCCCCGCCAGCUUGCCUCAAAGACAACACACCAAACCAGGGAAUGGAUUACUUCAGAGUCGCCCUCCACAAGUAAAGAACUGCAGACCUGGCAGGGUCAGAAUGGUCAGCUUCCAACUGAACAGUUUCAGAUCCGCCAGUCUUGUCUCCCACCUAAUACAGGUGUUAAUCUUUCAUGUGAUAAUACCGUGUUGACAUCUCAUUUACUGAAUAACACGACUAACCUUACCAGCUUCACAGUGGCGCCUUCUGUGUCAUCACAUUGUGUCACUAUGCCUUCAUAUACUAGACACGAUAAUUCAUACAGUACAAUGACUCCGCAAGUUGUGCCUAAAUCCUUGAACACUAACCCACAGAGUUCUACUGUGAAUUGUAAAACGGUUGCACUUUCUGUCACUAGUGAUGUAAGUACAUACAGCGUGGCAGCCAUGUCGAAGAAACCUGUCGUGUCUGAACAGGCUAUUGGUAGUAAAGUGACAUUUGUUGGAAACAGGAAUCUGCCAGUGACAAGGGAUGAGGCGAUGAGUGUUACUACUGAGAAGCAUGGUGGUAGUAUAUCGGAUGGCACUCUUGGUUUGGUUAAUGGCAAGCUGACAGUUCUGAUGACUGGGGACAGCAGUAAGACCACGGAAGCUGUUACCCGUGUAUCGAACAAACCUCCACGGCCAAGUGCUAUGAGGGAGACAAGCAGUGACAAUGAGACGGGAAUUCGCAGCAUCUUGAAGAAGCCACACUUGAGUGUUAUGAAGAAAGCAGAUUCCACAGGAAAUCUGAAUGUCAAGGACAGCAUAGAGGUUGCCAGGCAACACCUUAAACAACAUAGUCUUGAUCAGCUUGAUUCAUUGCCUAAAAAGAAAUCAGUUCGUUUUUCUGACCUUGACCGGAAUUGUAACAAGAUGAUCUCGACUGGCGAUGGUGGAUUAGAGACUGAGAAAAAAGAACUGAACAUAAGAUUUCUUGGAAGUACCAAAGGUACACCCAAACCGAAACCGAGGACCAAAGUUAUAUCUGCCAAGGGGAGCAACCCUUCGAAACCGGAUGUACAGAACCGAACAACAAGACCAACUAGCACGGGGACACUGCAGCCGCGGGUUCACCAAGCCGACAUCCAGCAGCAUGCCAAGGACCGGCCGAGAGCAGCUGCUCACAUCAUUACACACUCCAUAGAGGGAGCCCAAUUCCUGCAGGAAAUCAACAGUAACAGCCGCUCGGACCAACACAAGAAGAUCAGAGUCGUCAAUAAUAAUUUCAUGGAGAAGGUGCCUGUUCAGCAGAAAGCUGCAAUAUCACAACAUGCCGGAUACAGAGUGCCAGAGUGGUAUGACAGUGAGCAAGGAAUGGAGGGGACUGCAGCAGAGAAGACCGACGAGAACGGGUCGAAUCUGAAAUACACGGGAGCUCCAGCUGUCAGUGUUAAGCACCCUCCGGCUAUGUACAACGAGAACGGGAUGAGGAUCGAUCGAACGCCGACCGACGAGGAGAUCAACUCUCUGUGGGACACCGUCCGCACAUGUCUGGACAGCACCCCGACAAGCUCAGACCGACUGAGUCAGAUGGAAGGGUCGGUUGAGACCAACGGGUCCAAAUACACGCCGUCACUGUCUAACAAAUACAUGGAUGGUGCCUCUCUAGGAUUGACGAGCAACACGCGGGUUGCUUCAGCAGGUAGUCAUUCUGCAGGGUAUAAUCUGAAUCACGGCGGUGUUCAGCACAGAGCUAUGAACAACAUGUCAAAUGGGAAACCGAGAACAACAGCAAAUGGGUAUUUGAGGAGGUACGCACUGCUGCACCAGCGAAGACCUGGUUCAGAGAGGCCCCCACUGGCGCCACACCAAAACUCUGUUCAUAGUGCGCCCGUUGUCAGUCAUCAGGGGCCACAAGCCGGGACCAGCUACCAGACUAAAGAGGAUGUGUCAGAGAGUUUAAAAACAUUCAUGGUUGCUGAGAAUCUUGAUGAAUUAACAAGCGAGAGUCCGGUUGAUUUGGGGUUUGAUGAAAGACAUCGCAGACGGGUUUUGCAGGUCAAACAACAAAGUCCUACAGGUCCUUCUGCUCUUUCUUUAGAAGAGCAACGAUUACUAGAAUCUUUAGACCGACUCAACGAAAAGCUUAAGAUUAAUGACACCGGGUAUCCAGUGAGGUCUACUCCUCAGCAGGUGGCGCCAUCACAACAGAAUAUGUUUGUGCAUCCUUUGAUGCAGUAAACACUGAGCAUUAGCACUGGAUGUAAUCGAAUGGGAGUAAUGAGAGGAUCUGUCACACCUCAAAUGGAAGAUCUGCCACUGUACAGCCUUCCUGCAGUCAUCACCUCAAUGAAUUCCUGUGUUCAUCACCUCAAUGAAUUCCUGUGUUCAUCACUUCCAGAAUUUGUAUAAACAAACAGAGCUUCUCCUUUUAAAACUGUUCAUUAAAAGUCUUUAUGCUAUAAUUAUAGUAAUGUACAUGUAGCAUGUAAAUUAUUUAAAAUGAUUUUACAAUAGCCUGUUGUUGGCUUUGCAGAACAUUAGGGUUGAUUUCCAGGCAUUUCCUGAGCAAUACAUUGGUCCACGGGUGAGUUUUGAACCUGCUGUGCUGUGUUGACCAUUAACCCUUCUUAUGUUAACAAGCUGAAGUGUUAUCUAAACCAUGCCAUCAUCAUAUAUACUUUAACUGUGUGGUGCUGGAAAAUAAUUAUGUGUAUGAAAUGUUGAAAGCUAUAAAUACAUUUUUACAACUUGGUGCAUAUAUCGUAAGUAUGGGGAAAUGGAUAUCUCAUUGAAAACAAAGAGAACUGUACCGGUAUAUAUGAUUCAACCACAAAGUAGUUAAUUCACACAAUUGGUGAAUGGGAAAUUAACUCAGUUCCAGGUUUCCCACAGUUGUCUAAGAUGUGCUUUGAAACACCUGUUUACGGAAAUGUCCAGGGGUUGAAGCAGUUUCGUCAUCCCACCAGGUAUCACGACAGGGAUAGAAUUCAACUGUUUUAUUUGAUCCUUCAUGUCAAACGUAAUGUGAGCCCUCAUAGAAUCCAUUACCAAAAUGGCCUUCUUUUGAUGAAAAAAUCCACCAGGUUGUUUCACGUAGUAAGAGUUAAUCAGUCACUCAUCAUAUUUUGAUCCAUCCAUCCUUUUUUGUUGCAUUAAAUGAUAAUGCCGGAUGGAAAUUUUUCUUUGGAUAUUGUUAUUCGUUUAAAAAUGACCAUAGGUGGAAGUUUUUUCCCAGAUGCCGUACAUGCCAGUACUACCGUCAUUGAUGAUUUUUCAUGCCCUAUUGUUCGUACACUAACAGUGUUUACACCCUUCGUUUCUACAGUUCUACACAUGGGUAUGUCAAAUGUCAGGGGAACUUCAUCCAUGUUGAUGAUGUUGUCGUGGUUUAUGUUAUAUUCAGCAACUUCUAAAUAGUGCCAGCUUUUCUACAAAAUCUUCAGGCAGUUUUUGUGAAACAGUUGUCCGAGUACGGAUUGACAAGGAAUGUUGCUUCAUGAAACGAAAACACCAAGAUGGUCCAGCCUGGAAAUCAUCUAUUCCCAUCUCUCUGGCAAUCAUCUUGGCUCUUAGUCUGAUGGUCACCGUGUUUAACCCUUGGCAUGCUGCUCGUUGUAACAGGACCCAGUCUUCAAUCUUCUUCUCAAGUUCUGGCCAUCUAGCUUUGUGUCCUCUGUUGGCUUUUUUGGUCUUUUUUUGUCAAUUGCAAAACAUCUUUUUGCUUUCUCCAACUUCUAACCAUCGAUUCAUCAAUAGAGAAUUGUCUGCCAGCUGCUCUAUUGCCAUUUUGUAGUUGUAGUUUAAACGAUGCAGUGUAACUCUUUCUUUUUUUGACAGGAGGCAUGUUGAAUGUUUUACAGCAUGAGUAUAAACUGAAGACAGGUAUAUAGUUCGAUCGUACAGUAUUAGUUUGCCAGUCUAAAUUGCUGAUACACCUAACCAAAAACUUAAACAAAUAUUCACAAGAAGACCCCUCAACUGUCAAAACAAAACCAAAAAUACAUUUUGAAAAAAUGUUUAUCCACGGCGUUACUUAGAUAAAAGCCAUAGAAAUCAACCCAUUGUUUACAGGCCGAUUAAUAGGGAAAUGUCGACUUAUAAUAAAAACAUUACAAUUUACAGUCUCACUUUAUACGCAUGGCGGUUACUGUAAAAUUCAUAAAUAAAGUGCACUGUUUUAUAAAACGCACCUUCUAAUUCACAGAAAAAAAGUAGCGGCUUAUAGGCUGGAAAAUACGGUAUAAACAUCUAGACUAUUCAUGACUGUAAAAUGCAUAACUGAAAAAGCUGCACAGUUUUUGAAUGGAAUAUUGUUCAGCUUUUUUCACACUUGAUACUCUUGUUACUCAUCAAAAAGAGAAAAUGCAUUAAAAAAAAAUAAUUAAAUGGUCUAUAGAUAUUAAUAGAUUGUAUUAUAAAAUUGACUAAGUGGGUUGUUCAGAUUUGUGACAAAGCCAGGUUCUUAAAGAGUUAACCACACUAAGUUGUUUAUAUAUACUGUCUAGGUUUGUUAACUACAAUGUACAAAGCAGAUUUUUAUUGAAUUUUAGCAUUGGCCUUCAGACUAAAAUAUCAGAAACAGAAAUUGUCUUCAGACUAAAAUAUCAGAAACAGAGAUUGCUUUCAGACUAAAAUAUCAGAAACAGAUUGCUUUCAGACUAAAAUAUCAGAAACAGAGAUUGUCUUCAGACUAAAAUAUCAGAAACAGAGAUUGCUUUUAGACUAAGAUAUCAGAAGCAGAGAUUGCUUUCAGACUAAGAUAUCGGAAGCAGAUAUUGUUUUCAGACUAAGAUAUCAGAAACAUCGUAAUAAAGAUGUUGUUUUAAAGUACAGUUCUUAUAUAUGAUAAAAUGUAUACUACAAUUAACACUAUAAAAUGUGGUGCAUCAAUAAAGGUGUUUUAUUUAUAGUACAAUGCACGUGAUACAAUAUUAUAACACUUUUGACACUCAAGUGAUGCAUCAUAAAAAAGUGUUUUAUGUUUAGUACAACUUACAUGUAUAUGUGAUAUGAGAUAUAUACCACCAUUAACACUCGGGUGUGAUGCAUCAUAAUAAAGGUGUUGUUUUAUUUAUAGUACAAUUCACAUGUAAUACGAGAUGUUUACCGCCAUUAACACUCGGGUGUGAUGCAUCAUAAUAAAGGUGUUGUUUUAUUUAUAGUACAAUUCACAUGUAAUACGAGAUGUUUACCGCCAUUAACACUCGGGUGUGAUGCAUCAUAAUAAAGGUGUUGUUUUAUUUAUAGUACAAUUCACAGAGAUUUGGAUUCCGCCCCUUCUGACUCAUGUAAGAGUUCCGUAGAUAUGUUCAUUGUGUCACUUGUUGCAUUUGACUGCUGUGUUUUCAAGUUUGUCUUGUACUGCCUGUUUGACUUCUGUUUUCAGCACGUUUGUUAUGCCAGUUUGCAGUAGGCAUGAUUUAGCUGUUCAAUUAUUGUAUUAAACUCUUCUUUUCUUUUUCAAUAAUACAUGUAAUAAUAAAAAAUAUAAUGUAUUGAUUUGUUACCAGUGUAAUCACGUUCAGUGUUCUGUUUGAAUGUGAAGUUCCAGUUAGUAUGUUUUGUCUUUCAUGUUUGGGUUUUUCCACACGUUGAAUACCAAUAUCACCACAAAUAACAUAAAUCGAUGUAUCGAUAAAUAUUCACUUACUAAUAGAUAAGUAGUAAAUCGUGAUCUAACAAGUACCAAAUGAUUUUUAAAAUGAAGAUUUUAGAGCUACAUUUUUUUGUUGAUAUUUAAAGUUUGAGACUGAAAUUUUAAAUUACUGUUUAUUAUGAAUAUUUUCAUGUUUACAGUUGAUUCACAUUUUGACCUCAGUUAAUUUUAUGUGUUCAGAUUGUUAAUACUAACUGUUAGAAAAAAAAGA